UUGAAGCCUGGAUUCUGAUGCUUCGCGCAUAAUAGGUGCCUUAUACAGAAAUUGAAUCGCGAUCCUUGCUGCAAGUACAGCGCCGACUCGAAGAUCUCUGGUUGGGUGUCGGAGAGGUGAUUAUCCGAAUUCCGUGUGCAGAUUAAGAGCCGGCGGCUCUCUUAUCUCCUCGUGGUUACUCAUUGUCAUCCCAUCAUGUCGUCGUUUUCCCAUCGUCAAGGUCAGCCACCAUGUCUGAAAAGGUCUUGAUAGCGCCUUAUGCGCCUCAGCGGUCCAACAGACGCAAGAAAUCGUCGGUCUUCACCCGACUCUUUGCCGGAAUCUCUGUUUGCUUUCUGUUGUUCGUUUCGCAGGCCCUACGGCUUCUUUGGGCCAAGGAGAAAACUACGCAUAUUCCCAUUCACGCAGCAGAGACUUUGCAGAAAUGCAAAACUCUUGAUGUGCCAGCAGGUCCACCGCCAGAUUUCCACUCGCGGACUGUAUCGGAUCGUUUUGUACCCGGCACGAAAGCUACUUUGCUCAAGAACGCGACGAUCUGGACUGGAUGCGUAAAUGGACUUGAAGUUGUCAGAGGAGACAUCUUACUGGACAAGGGUAUCAUCAAAGCAGUCGGAGCCGUUGAUUCUUAUGUACUGGCUCCAUAUAUGACGCAGGACCUUGUCAUCUAUGAUCUUGGCGGGGCAUGGAUUUCUCCAGGAAUCGUCGACCUUCAUUCCCAUAUUGGUGUCGGCAGUUCACCCCAUAUGUCAGGAGCAAGUGAUACAAACUCUCGCCAUGGUAUCAUUCAGCCAUGGCUUCGCAGUCUUGACGGACUUAACACACAUGAUGACUCAUACCGUCUUUCCAUCUCUGGCGGUGUUACCACAGCUCUUGUUCUUCCCGGAUCUGCCAAUGGCAUUGGGGGACAAGGGUUCGUGAUCAAGUUGCGUCCCACAGCUGAACGAUCGCCAUCGUCUAUGCUGUUAGAGCCACCUUUCUCUAUCAAUAAUACUGAUGUAGACCCGUCCUUGCCGCCUCGGUGGCGGCAAAUGAAGCACGCGUGUGGAGAAAACCCCAGUCGGGUAUAUUCUGGCACACGCAUGGACACUAUAUGGGCGCUCCGGAAUGGAUAUGAAAAGGCUCGCCAGAUCAAACAACAACAAGAUGACUACUGUGCGAAAGCGCUUAUUGGUAACUGGCAAGGCUUAGGUGCAUUCCCGGGAGAAUUACAGUGGGAGGCUCUCGUUGAUGUAUUAAGAGGCAGGGUCAAGGUUCAAAAUCACUGUUAUGAAGCCGUCGAUCUGGAUGGGAUCGUCCGUCUCACCAAUGAAUUUAAAUUCUCCCUUGCUGCUUUCCAUCACGCGCAUGAAACAUACCUAGUUCCCGACUUGCUAAAGAAAGCUUAUGGCAAGCCACCUGCGAUCGCUCUUUUUGCCACCAAUGCCAGAUAUAAACGCGAGGCGUAUCGUGGGUCAGAGUUUGCACCACGUAUUUUGGCAGAUAACGGGCUCGAUGUUGUCAUGAAGAGUGAUCACCCAGUCUUGAAUUCACGCUAUCUUCUUCAUGAAGCUCAACAAGCGCAUUACUAUGGGUUGGGAGAUAAUUUAGCGCUAGCAUCCGUGACGUCGACUCCUGCAACUGUCAUGGGACAAGACCAUAGAAUAGGUAUCAUCAAAGAGGGCUAUGAUGCUGAUAUCGUCGUCUGGGAUAGCCACCCUCUUGCUAUUGGCGCUACCCCAAAGCAGGUCUACAUUGAUGGAAUUGCACAAAUCGAAGAACCAUAUUCUAAUCCAAAGCCCUCCCAAUUACAAAGCGUUCCAAAGACCCCCAACUUCGAUAAGGAGACUGCGGAAACGCUCAAACAUGACGGCCUACCUCCUUUGGAGACGAAGCAAACUACUUCAGAAACUGUUGUUUUCGUUAAUGUUUCAGACGUCUAUAUACGAGACCAUCACAGAGUCAAGCACACAUUUUCUGCUCAAAAUUCCAAUGAAGCGGGUGUUUUAGUGGUAGAGGCCGGCAAGACCAUCUGCUCAGGUGUCGAAGCCACUUGUCUGGCUGAAAGCUCCUAUGAUGACGCCGUUGUGGUAGAUCUCGCCGGCGGCUCUGUGGCUCCGGGACUUGUAUCUUUUGGCAGCGCACUGGGUCUGGGCCAUAUUGCCGGUGAAGCAAGCACCAAUGAUGGCCCAGUAAUAGGACCACUGUUAUCUAAGGUUCCAAGCAUUCUAGGUGGAGAUGAUGCAGUCAUUCGGGCCUCGGAUGGGCUACAAUUUGCCGCAAGAGAUAGCUUGCUCGCAUACCGCGGCGGCGUAACCACGGCCAUCGUAGCACCUGUUGCACCCGGGCUGAUAUCCGGGUUGACAGCGGCGUUCUCUACGGGUUCUGCACACAAGUUGCAAAAGGGGGCUGUGGUUCAGGAUGUGACUGCUCUGCAUGUCAUUGUUUCCCUCAGUUCUCCGAUCGGCGUCAGUACUCAGAUCGCUACACUGCGCCGUCUAUUAUUGGGGGGUGGAAGCGGUGAUCUCGGGACUCAGUUCAAUCGCGUCGUGGCUGGCAUAAUCCCGCUCGUUAUUGAUGUCGACAACGCCGACAUCAUGACCUCGUUGAUACGGCUCAAGUCCGAAAUAGAAAGGACUACCGGUAUUCCGUUACGGGUGACGUUCGCAGGUGCCGCGGAAGCUCACCUUCUUGCAGCCGAAAUUGGAAAUGCUGGUAUUGGCGUCGUUGUGGUACCAUCGCGGCCAUUCCCAGCCCGAUGGGAGCUUCGGAGAAUUCUUCCAGGGCCUCCUUUGAGCGAGGAUAGUGUCAUUGGUGUUUUACAAGCACAUAAUGUAACCGUCGGUAUCGGAAGCAGCGGUACAUGGUCUGUGAGGAACAUGCGGUUUGAUGUUGCCUGGGCGGGUUUGGAGGCGCAUGCGGCGUUGUCGAAGUCUGAGGUCUUGGCAUUGGGGUCAGCUAAUGUUGAAACCCUCCUCGGUGUCGAGGAUGAUGCUAGUGAUUUGGUGGCCACGAGGUCGGGUUCCUUGCUUGACUUUGAAGCCAAAGUAGUCGGAAUCAUUUCUUCACGUCGAGGAUUGGUUGAUAUUCUUUAAACAGACGCAAUAGGAUGUUCGAUCUCGAUGAGACAUUGCAUGUGAAUUCACAGGUUCGGCUGUUCUGAUGCUCAACGUCCAUGUAGACCCGGCCAUUCCUGAUUGGAGGGAGGAAGGAUGUUUAUUCUAGUUAGUUUCCUUCUUAGCAGACAUGCUUGUGCUAGUUACGGUACCGAACACUCUUUGGACCAAACUGAUUCAGCAUACUUCCGUAGGGUGCAACCCCUCAGAC